UAGAUGCCAUUUCACGGAUUCCAUUCCAGCUUCUCGCCGUUGACACUCUCCUGUCCUCCAUUCCGAUUAUUCCGCCGCUCUUUCCGCCAUCCAUCCGCUCCGCGCGCUCAUCUUCACCACAAAUCCGUCUCCCACCGUUCGCGCCAAGACCCUUACUGUUCGUGGAGUCUAGCAUCCGUUCUUCCAUACUUUCCAUUUCCGUCUGAUCAUCCACCAGGAGAAUCCGCACAGCAGAAGCGCCUUUCAAUCCUGUAUAGUAUUUCAUCGCCAUGGCUUCUCAGAUCGCCCGGCUCGCGGCGAGGCGCCUGGCUGGUCUCCCAGCGAACCCGACCGAGGUGGUAUGCCGGCGGGCGAUGAGCCAGAGCAGCAAGGUGCUGGGGGAGCAGGAGCACGCCAUCGAGAACGUGUAUUUUCAGAAACAAGAGCACGAGAAGCUCGAAAAGCUCAAGGCCCAACUGGAGGCGCACAAGGAUGAGGCAGCGGCACAUGCAGCAUCGGCACACGAGGCACUCAAGGCCGCCAAGGAGGCUCAGAAGGCUGCCGAGUCUGCCAAGCCAGCAGACGGAGGCUCAGGCAGCACCAUGUCCUUUGCUGCAGGCACUGUUGUCGGUGGGCUGCUGGUGUGGCUGCUCAAGCCCUGAACAUGCUCAACUGUGUCACCAUCUAGUAGAUGGAAAUGGAUAGUUGAUAGUUCUCAGAGGUAAAUGUUUUGGAGAAUUCAAAUGCAGAAAUCGAGCAUGCUGGUUUUAGACGAUUUGUUACCAUAAGCCAGUUGUUACAUUCCUGAAAGUGACACUCAAGCCGUAACCCUUGUCAAGUCCAAGC